CUAGAAUUGGAUCUGAUUCUGCCCCAGGACUUAGAUCUGGCUUCUCCUGAGCCCUGGAUCUCACCAUGGAUCUAUUACUGUUGCUGCUGCUGCUGCCCCUGCUCUGGAGAAGAACCAUUUCUCAAAAUACCGAGUUUAGGAUUCACGUCAAGAAGACAGUGAGGGUGCAGGAGGGCCUGUGUGUCUCUAUCCCCUGCUCCUUCAAUUACCCCCAACAGUAUAGGAGUGAGAAGAAAGUUCAUGGAUACUGGAAAUAUGUACACUACUUGGAAUACCUUGCGGCCACCAAUGAUCCCCAAAAGCAAGUCCACUCCUGGGCAAAGGGCCGGUUCCACCUCACUGGAGACCUCCAGCUGGACAACUGCUCCUUUACUAUUACUCGAGCCCAGAAGAACGAUCAAGGGAAUUACCGAUUCCUGAUGAAGAAAGGAGAGCUGACCUACAAUUUCAAGGAUGACACGGUGUCUGUCCAGGUAGAGGAUCUCACCCAGAAGCCAGAGGUCCACGUGCCAGAGAUGCUGCUAUCGGGGGACCAAGCGACCUUGACCUGUACAGUUCCCGGAGCCUGCAGAGAAGGCACAGCCAUCAGCUACCUCUGGACUGGGGCUGCCCUCUCCUCUUCUAGAUUUGAGUCUCAAGAGCUCUACUUCACCCCGAAGCCCCAAGACCACGACACGAGCCUCACCUGUAAGACAACCUUCCUGGAGUCCGGAGUGAGCACAGAGACAACAGUCAGGCUCCGGGUUUUCUACCCUCCUCAGAAGAUGAACAUCAGAGUGUCCUGGGCAAAUAGGGCAGGACCAGAAUUCCCAGGAAACGCUUCGACCCUGGUGGUCCUCGAGGGCGAGUCCCUGACUCUGGUCUGUGGCACACGGAGCUACCCCCCGGCUGCACUGAGCUGGGCCCACAGAGGCCAAAUCCUGAAUUCUACCCAGGCCUCAGAUCCUGGGGUUCUGCACCUGGAGCUGUCCCGGCUGGGGACUAAUGCCAGCGGAGAAUACAACUGCCAAGCCAGGAACACAGUGGGGCAGCAGAACUACUCAGUGAGGCUCUGCGUGCAGCUUCUGACCCAGAAGCCAGAGGUCCACAUUCCAGAAGUCCUGCAGUCUGGGCGCCAGGUGACCUUGACCUGUUUGGUUCCUGGGCCCUGUAGGGAAGGGAAACACUUGACCUACCUGUGGAAUGGCACUGCCCUCUCCUCGCAGGGUUCUGCCCUGUGGAAUACCAAUUCCUCCAAACUCCUCUUCACCCCCCGGGCCCAGGAUCACGGCACAAACAUCACCUGUCAGGUGAUAUUCCCAAAGGCCAGAGUGAGCAUAGAGAGAACUGUCCAGCUUAGGGUUGCCUAUCCUCCUCAGAAUACGACCAUCAGUGUUUCUGGGGCAAUCAGAAGAGGCCAAGAGUUAUUGGGAAAUACCUCAUCCCUGAGGGUCCUGGAGGGCGAAUCCUUGACUCUGGUCUGUGCCACCGAAAGCAACCCCCCAGCCACUUUGAUCUGGACCCAUAAGAAUCAAGUCUUGCAAUCCUCACAGGCCUCAGAUCCUGGGGUCCUAUACCUGGAACUGUCAAAACUGGGGCCCAAAAACAGAGGCAAAUACACCUGCCAAGCUCAGCACCCACUGGGAUCUCAACAGCAUUCAAUGAGACUUUGUGUGCAAACCUGUGCUUGUUGCCCUGUCCCUGAGGAAGAGGAUGGUUCCUGGCCUCUGAUCUUGACCCUGCUUCGAGGAGUCCUCAUGGGAGCUGGUUUUCUUCUCACCUACGGCCUCACCUGGCUCUAUUACUCCUGUCAAGACCGCCAGUCCCAGAACACUAUGGAUAAGAGUGUGCCAAUGGAUGUUUACUCAGUCCCUGUGUUCUAAGGGACUCAGAAUAUGUCAAAGAUACCCAGAAUUGCUGGACAAAAGUCAGAAUAACUAGCAUCUUAUCCAUUUUCUGUUCUUCCUCUCUCACAUCACCAAACACCACUUUGGUGCUCAGAAAUCCUUCUAAUCACUUUUUAUUGACUUUCAAGUUGACUCCUCAAAGGCACAGUUCCAAAUUUCCUCCUCUAUUCUCAAGCCCCUGACCCCACCCUGUCAUCUAGUCCUUGGAAGAUGCUCUUGUCUCCUACUUCCUUGAGGAAACCUAAUCUCCAUUCUCUACAAAUAACCUGAACAACCUCCCUUUUCUUCUCUCCUCUUACCCUCUAGUCUCUGAAGAGUGAAACAUUCUUAUAGUCCUUCAUCUUAAUCAUUUCCUCCUACAUUCCCAAUGUCAUCCCUAGAACUUGGAAGAGACCCCUAAAUUGAUCUAGAAAAAGCCCUCCCUGACCAGGAAUCUAGUGGACAACUUCCCUGAAAGAUGGUCAUAUGUUCUCUGCUAGAAGACCUCACAUGAUGGAGAACUGGACCUCCUGAGCAGCUCAUUCCACUUUAAUAUUGUUUAGGAAGCUCUGCACUGAACCAAUGGCUUGCAUCUCGACCUCCCCACACACGCACUUCUGAUUCUACUUUCUGGGACCAAUGAGAGCAAAUCUCAUUCACAUGAUCACUCUUGAAAACAUUGGAGAAAACCAUAACGUCUCCCCAACUCCCCCGAGUCUUCUCUUCUCCAAAAUAAACGUUUAUUUUCUUCAAAUCAUCUUCAAAUGACAUGUUCUCUAGCCUCACUCCUUUCAUCAUCCCACUACCCAUUACAUUAAAAAAUAUUAAAUAUUUAAAAGAUAACAUUAGUGACUUCAUCUUGUCUUUAUCCGCCAUUUUGUGAAGCUAAAUUUCAGUGGCUUGUCAGGAAUCUGAUUUUAGAGAAGUCACAAGAUUACUCCUGCUCCCAAAUAAGGAAUGUCACAAAACUAUUCUUCUCCCACUUCCCUCAGUGUCUCCCAAUCCUCUCCACCAAUAAGAAACCAGGUGUUUUGAUUCCUAUAAUCCUGUUUUUCAUUUCCUCCAAAUUGUAUAUUAACUGUGUAGAAACCAAUGGUCAAUGUCCUUGACUAUUGAAAGUCUUCAUCCUGACUUCAUCCUGAUCAUCUGAAACCACAUGCAUUGCUAAAUAAAUUGAUAUCUGGAUGCAGCUACUCCAUUUCUUUAUUCCAUCCUCCCUUUUUUUUCUCUUCUGUUUGUCAGUAUCCUUCCUAAACUGAACACAGCACUCCAGGUAGGCCUUGUCCAAGGUAGAGGACAGUGGGACUAUCCCCUCUUUGUACCCGGGCUCUAUUAGAUCAAGGACUAUGGAGCUGGGCAUGUGCACUGACCCCUUGAUG